AUGAGGUCGGCGGCAGAGUUUUGCAGGGGAAAAGUGAAGAGAGUUGACGUGAUAGCCCGGCCCCCGGAGCCAGAACCUGGCUGUGGGGCGGGCCAGGGCCCCGAGUGCGGCAGAGCAGAGGCCAAGCGAAGGCUGGAGCUGGGAGAAAGCGGUCAUCAGUACCUCUCCGAUGGCUUAAAAACCCCUAAGGGCAAAGGAAGAGCUGCACUUCGAAGUCCAGAUAGUCCAAAAACUCCAAAAUCUCCCUCAGAAAAAACACGGUAUGACACAUCCCUUGGUCUGCUCACCAAGAAGUUCAUUCAGCUACUGAGCCAGUCCCCUGACGGGGUCUUGGAUUUGAACAAGGCAGCGGAGGUACUGAAAGUGCAAAAGAGAAGGAUCUAUGACAUCACCAACGUGCUGGAAGGCAUCCACCUCAUUAAGAAGAAGUCGAAAAACAACGUGCAGUGGAUGUGAGUAUGAGCCAAGGGCCCCGCAGGUCCUUUGUCAGAAUGUCAAGGCCUGUCGAAGGAAGUGACCGAGCUCAGCCAGGAGGAGAAGAAAUUAGAUGAGCUGAUCCAAACCUGCACCCUGGACCUCAAACUGCUAACCGAGGAUUCAGAGAAUCAAAGGUUAGCUUACGUUACAUAUCAAGAUAUUCGAAAAAUUAGUGGCCUUAAAGACCAAACUGUUAUAGUUGUCAAAGCCCCUCCAGAAACAAGACUUGAAGUGCCUGACCCAAUAGAGAGCCUACAAAUACAUUUGGCAAGUACCCAAGGGCCCAUUGAGGUAUAUUUGUGUCCAGAAGAGACAGAAACACACAGUCCAAUGAAAACAAACAACCAAGACCACAAUGGGAAUAUCCCAAAACCCCCUUCCAAAGACUUGGCUUCAACCAACUCAGGACAUAGCGAUUGUUCAAUUUCUAUGGCGAACCUUUCUCCUUUGGCCUCCCCAGCCAACCUCUUACAGCAGACUGAGGACCAAAUUCCUUCCAACCUGGAAGGACCAUUUGUGAACUUACUGCCCCCCCUGCUCCAAGAAGACUAUCUCCUAAGCCUUGGGGAGGAAGAAGGCAUCAGCGAUCUCUUCGAUGCUUACGAUUUGGAAAAGCUCCCACUGGUGGAAGAUUUUAUGUGUAGUUGA